AUGGCGACCGCCGUCGCCGAACCGCUGCCCUCCGCAGCAGCGCCUCCACCACCACCACUGCCAUCCUCCUCCUCCGCCGCCGCCACCGCCUCGCCGUACCCCUUUGCCGCCGCGCCCGACAUUGUCCGCGCGCACCAAAAGGACGCCUACUUCACCGGCCACCUCGCCAACACCUUCACCGAGCUCUACCGGCAGGUGUUUGGCGCGCGCGCCACGCACGCCCGCGCCCCGGAGCUGCGGUCCGUCGCCGCCCUCGUCUACUUUGCCCUCACCACGCUGCCCGGCAACCGCACCCUCGGCGAGGAGUACUGCGACCUCGUCCAGGUCAGCGCGCGCGAGAACGGCAGGCUCCCAGCCCUGCCGACGCGCGCCGCCUACAUUGCCGGCAGCAUCCUGCUGCCCUACGCCGUGAGCCGCGCGCUGCCGGCGCUGCGCGCGCGCGCGCGCAACCUCCUCGAGCGCCGCAUCGAGUCGCUCGAGGAGAGCGGGAAAAAGGACGGCCGAGAGGCGCGCGUGCUGGGCUACGUCGCCGCGCACCUCGCCAGCCUGACGAGCGCGGCGCCGCUCCAGGCCGUCACGCUCGCCCUCUUCUACUUCCACGGCACCUACUACGAGCUCACGAAGCGGCUGCUCUCGCUGCGGUACGUCUUCACGCGCGACGUCCCCGACAGCCCCGACCGCGCGGGCUACGAGGUCCUUGGCGUGCUGCUCGUCGUGCAGCUCGCCGUCCAGGGCUACAUGCACGCGCGCGACACCCUCUCCGCGACGCUGGCCCCCGCCCGCGAGCGCGCCGGCUUCCACUCCGUCGGCGGCGUCGACGUCUCCCUCGACCACGACCACUCGUACGCCGCCAACAGCGACCUGCUCCUGUCCGAGCUCGGCACGCGCGGGCCGCAGGCCAGCCGCGUCGACCUCGCGGCCACGACGCACACGCCGCCCGCGCCCGCGGGCCACCCGCGCUUCGACCUCGAGGACGACAAGGUCAUGGGCUUCAUCAAGGGCGCGCAGCAGCGCAAGUGCACCCUGUGCCUCGAGGAGCUCAAGGACCCGUCGGCGACGCCGUGCGGGCACGUCUUUUGCUGGGAGUGCAUCGCCGACUGGGUCCGCGAGAAGCCCGAGUGUCCGCUGUGCAGACGGGAUGCGCUCGUGCAGCACAUUCUCCCGCUGCGGGUCUUCUAA